CGUCGUAUUUCGGGUACCGCUCACGUAGAUAACCUCUCCGGGGAGGGAAACGUCCGCAAACCUUCGUCGCCGCACCGUCGUGGAUCGGAAUCGUUUCUCAGGAAUAUAAUUAUAUACGAUCCUAACAACGCUUACUAUUUUCGAUCCCAGCUUAUUAGACUUCUUCGAACCGUCGACCAAGCAUCGCACCAGAUUGCGAAACAACUUGCGGGCCGAGUUUGUUAGGCGGCAAUCGCGUUCUCAGCUCCGUCGCAACAACACGCUACCGCACCGACGACCUCGCCCUCGACGACGAACCCGAACCAUCCCGCCUUAGCUCCCUUGAUAACGUCGCCGCCCUCCCGACGAUCAGCCGCACCUCGACCGAUGUCCCACGCUUCCAAGAACCGACUGUCGCAAUACUCGACGGGAUCCGUCCCGUCGCGGUCGCGGCCCGCCUCCUUCCUGUUUCCCAUCUUCCACUCCAGCCUCUCCUACACCACCGUACGAGACUUCGCCUACCCGUCCACGCAUCCCAUGCACUAUGGCCCCCCGCCGGAGCCCUCGAGACCGCCCUCCGGCAUGACCACCCCCGCCAGCGAGACGAGACGGCUGUCGGACCCGCCCGCCUCCUGGGAAGGCAAGAUGGGUUGGGAUUGGACCUCGGACGGCGGGCUCGGGAAGGGCGGCGAGCUAGCCCCGAUCCACUUCGGCGACGGUCCGCCUUGGAGCGAGGACGAAGAUCUGCAGAGCCCCGUGGUCAGCUCGCGGCAUAGGAAGCACAAGUCGACGUCGGCGGUCACGGGACACCACAAGACAAGAAGUUCGAGGGACGGCGGCGCGUCGUCGAUAUUGAGCACGAGCAACUUGGACGUCGAGAGGGGAUAUUACGUCGGGACGAGCGGCGACGGGAGCGAAAGGUACUACGUGAGCCAGGGCGGGGAGGCGAACGGCCCCGGAGGAGAAUUCGUGACGUAUCCGCCCGAGCAGGCGAGGCAUUCCAUCAACGCGUACCAGACGCCGCCGGAUCAGCGGCCGCGGAAUUACGCCGAGAACGAGACGGGGUAUCGGUCGGAGUCGGACGCCUCGAGCGCCGCCUCGUCCCCGGGAUAUCGCCCGUACGACGAGUCGAGAUAUUCGAGGGAUUACCAAUUCACCAUCACCUCGCCAGACGAGGAAAUGCACGGCAAGGCCGUCGCGCUAUUCGAUUUCGAGAGGGAGAACGAGAACGAGCUGCCCCUGGUAGAAGGUCAGAUCAUCUGGGUAUCGUAUAGGCACGGUCAGGGUUGGCUCGUGGCGGAAGAUCCCAAGACUCAGGAGAGCGGUCUCGUGCCCGAAGAAUACGUUCGCCUACUUCGCGACAUCGAGGGCGGCAUGACGAGCCUCACGGGCCAGCUCGAGGGUCCGGCCACUCCGAACGACGUAGGCACUCCGACGCAGGCCGAACACAGCGGGCACGCCAUACUGCCCCAGACCGUGCACGCCCCGCAGCCCGGCCACGUCUCGACGGGGAGCAAUUCGACGAACGGUUACCACCAGCCGGUGGUCUCGACCUUCUCGACCUCUAGCAAGGACUUGGAUCCGUAUCCGCAGCAUCUCCUAGGCCAGCACGGACAACCGCCUCCGCAAGUCGUGCACUACCACGGCCAGCGCGGAGGAAGCCAGGCCAACACGCCCACGGCCCAGAAUUCCUUCGGCGAUACCCCGCUAGGUCGUAGCAGCCAGGAAGGUAAACGCAGCAGCUCGGCGUCUAGGAAGUCUCAAGGCCUCGACGUUCUGCCCCACUCGAAAAUGAAGUCGGCGGCUCACGAACCUCACCUAGACGACGAGGACCAGCAGACGGCUCAAAAGCAGUGACAAGGUGGCCGGUGUGAUUCGCGCAAUCACGUGUAACAAUUUGUAGAGGCGCCGCAAAAUGUCGAACCCGAGCGCGAUCCCGGGGAAAACAAUUAUAUGUAUAACAGCAGCGUCCGGCUCCGCCACGACUUUUGCGACCGCAGACCAUAUUAUAAAGGAUGGUCACGUUUGAUUUAUCCCAUAUACGUGCUUUAUCGUCCUCGAUUGGUCCCCGACU